AUCUGAAGAAACCCAAGGCCCAAGACAACAUGGCCAACCCAGUGCAGCCCCAGUUUCAAGACCCAGGCUCCACCUCGCCCUUGGAGCUGCCUGAGAUGGAGAAGCUUCUCACCAAAGUGGAGAACAAGGAUGACAAAGCCUUGGGCCUGUCCAAGUCUCUGUCAGGGGCUCUGGACCUGGAGCAGAAUGGCCACAGCCUUCCCUUCAAGGUCAUCUCUGAAGGCCACCGCCAGCACUCUCUCCCUGGCUCCCCUUCCAGGGCCAGCUCUCGGCGAGCAUCCUCUGUUGCCACCACCUCCUAUGCCCAGGACCAAGAAGCUCCCAAAGAUUACUUGAUCCUUGCCAUUGCCUCUUGUUUCUGCCCUGUGUGGCCCCUCAACCUCAUUCCCCUCAUCUUUUCUAUCAUGUCUCGAAGUAGUGUGCAGCAGGGGGACAUAGAUGGGGCACGGAGGCUGGGCCGCCUGGCACGGCUGCUCAGCAUCACCUUCAUCAUCCUGGGCAUCGUCAUCAUCAUUGUGGCUGUCACUGUCAACUUCACAGUUCAGAAGUAGCCGCCGAGCUGCUUCUAGCAGAGGCAGAUGCUGGACAGCUGGAGAGCUCCAAACCCACACGUCCCCACACAUUAUAGAGGACAGCAUGGUGGCUGCCAAGUCCCCACCUGUUCCCAAGCUCCAAAAGCACAAACUUGGAGGGAAACCUCUACAUCACUCCAUUGUCAGCCCAUGGCAGAUGGGAAGGAAAUUCUGGAAUGAAGUUGGCUGUGAACCCAAUGAAUAAUGAGGGUUAAUCUCAUAGACACAUCACUUGCCUUUUGACCUCAGUUCUCAGGCUUGUUUCUCAUUCCCCACAACUCCUGGGACUUACACACAGCAUAAACUGCCAGAAUGGGAAGAAAACCAGCCCCACGGCCAAGAAAGAAGCACCACAUACCCUGGGUGUCUGUGGACAUGAGCACAGUCUGGGCCACCAUCUUUUCUAUUUUUCUUGAUGGGGAACUAACAGACUCCCUGCAUGCUUUGUGCGCAGCAUCCAUGGUGAUCCUAGUCGAGCCCAAAGGUGAAGCUGUCACUCAGCAUGGGCCCUGGAUACCCACCGGCAAAGAGGCAAGAGCUAUGUGGAAAUCUUCCACUGAAGACUGGCUAGGGAUAGCAUGACACACCUGGUGCUCUUCCUGAGCUUCAGUCUUCUCUACCAAGGACUCUGGUUCCAGAGUGUCUUCCAGAACCAUGGGGUCUGCCUCUUAUUCCCCACCUUGUGCUGUAGCCUGGGGCAUCAUCCUGCAAAUUCCAGAACUUGACCUGAGCCAGGUCAGCCAUGGGGGGAGAGACAGAGCUUGAGCUCUCUCCUGCCACUGACUCUUUGGGGGCCUGGGACCCUAUCUUCGUAACCCACGCAAGUGACUCAGGGCCCUCGAUAGGGUAUCCAGGAG